UUUAGGUGCGUAAAUUAUGUUUAAAUGUUAACAGGUUAAAAUCUAUGAGCACUUUCACUUUUUAUCUGCGGUAUAUAGUCCCGGUAGACAUAUCUGGAACCGUAAGUCGCACUGAGCUGGUAUAACUAAAACGUACAGAUGGGAGGAAAGUUGACAGAUAAAGACAUGGACCAGUUAGAACAAUGGAUAGGUACAGGUCCUAAAACAUUCACACUGCUCUAUGCUAUCACAAGAGAUGGAUGUAACGCUACAACCUUCCAUCAGAAAUGUGACAACCAGGGAGCUACUGUCACGGUGCUGUAUAACCAACAGGGAUCUCUGUAUGGAGGAUAUGCUCCUGUCAGCUGGGCCAGUAGCGGUGGAUACGUGAAUAACACCAUUGCUUUCCUGUAUCAGCUGAGAUUUAACGGAAAUGACAAAACUACAAAGUUUACAUUAAAACCAGCACAUUAUCAGCAUGCACUUCAGGACAGCCAAGGCUACGGUCCAACUUUCGGUGGUGGUCAUGACCUCCAUACCUUUGCAAACACAGUAAACAGCUCCGGUACAUACUUUACCUUGAACGGCUAUAUGAAUAUAGGACACAGCUACGACAAUCAGGGUAUCACAAAAGACCAGAUUAACAACGGUAACAUGAACGUUACUGAACUCGAGGUGUACAAGGUUGCAGAUGGCAAAAGGAAUCCGACUCAAGAAAAUAAGCCCUGGCGAAAAACUAAAGUUUGGAAUGAAAAGUUCUUAGACGAACUCACUGAGGACAUCGUAGCUUUCAAACCAUUAGAAGACUUGAAGGUGAAGGACGCACGUAUCUUGAUGAUCGGUCCAGUUGGAGCCGGAAAGUCUAGUUUUUAUAAUACUGUCAACUCUAUAUUCCGCGGCCGUAUUACACAGAGAGCGGGCAGUGGUAGUGCAGAACAGAGUCUUACAACUGCCUACACACCCUACAAAGUGAAAGUGAGAUCUGGUGCAACGUUGAACUUCCGGUUGUGUGAUACACGUGGUCUAGAAGAGUCACAAGGCCUUGAUGUGAUGGAGUGUAACUACCUGUUAGAUGGCAACAUUCCAAACUAUUAUCAGUUUAAUCCGGCCAAACCAAUCAAUCCUAAGAGCCAGGGUUUCAAGGCAAAGCCUACACCUGAUGACAUGAUAACGUGCGCACUGUUUGUACUGGAUGCAACAACGCUUGAGGUGGUGUCUACAAAACUUAUAGAGAAAAUGAAAAGCUUCCAGACCUUGAUGAAUCAGAAAGGAGUACCCCAGAUCAUACUCCUUACAAAGGUUGAUAAGUUAUGUAAAGACGUCCAGGCGGACGUUUCCUCUACCUACAAGAGUCACACUGUCGAACAGCACGUGGAUAAAGCAGCACAGUUGUUGGGACUACCACGUGCUAACGUACUACCGGUGAAGAACUAUGAAAACGAGUUAGAACUCGAUGAUAAUGUCAACAUCCUUGCUCUGCUAUCACUACGACAGAUUUUAUAUCUGGCAGAAGAUUUCAUGGAAAAUAUGUUGGAGAAAAGGAAUGAUGAGGAAACGGAGAUGGAAAAUCUGAAACUAGAAAACUGACCUGAGGUUCAACGGCUUGAUACAUUAAUUUCAUAAGCUCAUAAAAUACAUAAUAAUAAUAAAGAGCAAACUGUUUUGAAAUAUCAAAGUAGACACUUCGAUAUGUUACGUUUAUUAUUAUUUAUACAAGUCUGUUCAUGUACAAAAACGUUUCAUGUUUAAUAUCUAUUGUCAGCAUUUGCAAUUACAAGUUUUGCUGAAAUUGUUUGUUAUAGGCUGUUCAAUAAAAUAAAGAUACAUU